AUGUACAAGGGCUUCAGGAUUCGCAAUUCUGAGUUCUGGUACGCCUCGCCCAAGUGCCAACUGUUCAUGGUCGCCAUGGUCUGUUUCUUGUGCCCUGGCAUGUUCAACGCCAUCGUGGGUAUGGGCGGCGCUGGCCAGCUCUCCACACUUGCCUCUGACGAUGCCAACACCGCCCUGUACUCGACCUUCGCCGUGGUCGGUUUCUUCGCCGGCACCUUCGCCAACCGCCUCGGCAUCAGGCUGACCAUGUCCAUCGGCGGCCUGGGCUACUGCCUCUACGCAGCCUCCUUCCUGUCCUAUUCUCAUGACCAGAACCUGGGCUUCGUCGUCUUCGCCGGCGCCUUCCUGGGCGUGUGCGCCGGUCUGCUCUGGACCGGUCAGGGAGCCAUCAUGAUGUCCUACCCCCCUGAGCAGUACAAGGGCCGCUACAUCUCGUGGUUCUGGAUCAUCUUCAACCUCGGCGCUGUUGUCGGUGCGCUGAUUCCCCUGGGCCAGAACGUCAACAAUCAGACAGGCGCCGUGACCGAUGGCACGUAUGCUGCCUUCAUCGUGCUCAUGUUUGUGGGCGCGGUGCUGGCCCUGUUCCUGUGCAACGCUGACAGGGUGCAGCGCGAGGACGGCUCGCACGUCAUCCUGAUGAAGAACCCAUCCUGGCAGACCGAGAUCCUCGGGCUAUGGGAGACGCUGUAUCAAGACCCGUGGAUUGUGCUUCUGUUCCCCAUGUUCUUCGCCAGCAAUGUCUUCUACACUUACCAGACCAACGACAUGAACGCCGGCCAGUUCAACACGCGCACCCGUGCCCUCAACAACGUGCUGUACUGGUCCGCACAGAUCUUCGGCGCGGUCAUCUUCGGCUACUCCUUGGACUAUGGCAAAAUGCGCCGCAGCCUCAAGGCCAGGAUUGCCUUCAUCACGCUGUUCGUGCUGACCUUUAUCAUCUGGGGCGGAGGCUGGGCCUGGCAAAAGGAUCAACCCUCGCGCGCCGAGACUUCUGCCAAGACCUUUGUUGGUGUUGACUGGACCGACGGUGGUCACAAGUACAUCGCGCCCAUGUUUCUGUACAUUUUUUACGGUUUCUUUGAUGCCUGUUGGCAGACCACCAUCUACUGGACAAUGGGCGCCCUCUCCAACAACUCCCGCAAGGCUGCCAACCUGGCUGGUUUCUACAAGGGCAUCCAGUCCGCUGGUGCCGCCAUCUUCUGGCGCGUCGAUGCCCUCGGGAAGCCGUACAACACAAUCUUCGGCGCGACAUGGGGCCUGCUGGCCGCUGCACUGCUUAUUGCCUCGCCCAUCAUCUGGCUCCGGGUCCAGGACACUGUUCCUCUCGAAGAGGACCUCAAGUUUACAGACGAGACGGUCGAGGACGUCGUGGGCGGGGCCGCACCGGACACGCAGAAGACUGUGGUCUAG